AUGCUCAAUACGCUAUCUGGCAUGACUAAACGACUCUUGGCAGCGUUAGGAAUGCCGUCUGAAAACGACGAUGCUCCAACAUUGAGUACUAGGGAUGUACAAAAUAUCACACGAGUGUUGAACAGUACUACCGAUGUUCGGGUUCUAUUGCUCUUCAAAAUGGUGAGCGGAGUCGAUAAUGUUUAUGUCGAUCAGGAAGGAUUGACACAGCUUUUCGAACACUAUCCUCGUAACGUUGGCACAUUUGCACAAGAUCAAUAUCCAGAAUUCUUUAGAGUCCUAUUGCGAAAGUUUCAAUUGAAUGAGAGAUCUCGUAUUGUUUUUGGCGAAUUCUAUGCGAUUGUCUUAGAUGACCCCGAUUGCAUUGGAGUCAUUGUCAAGAUUCACUGUUCAUCCUGA